AUGCCUAGGUCCGGGAACCAUAAAACGAAUAAUGCCCGCCACGCGCGUACGACGUCUUGGUCCAGUGGCUACCAUCUAACACAAGGCGCAGCGCAAUCCUCCGAGAAUCCAGGCCGUCGCCGACGCGAGUCCAACACCUCCCUCGCCAGUGUUGAAGAAGGCUCCUCUCCCUCGAACUCCCUCGACGAGCCCGAUCAUACCAUGCUUAGGAACACCUCAAUGGACUUGAGCCACAAAAGCCAUGUGCACAGUCGCACCGUCAGCCAGAGCCAGGCGCAAAUGCAUGCCCUGCAAGAGCAAGAGCUGCCUGCUGCGCCAGCACCUCGCCCAGCGGCAGUGACUUGGAUGUCGCUGCCGCACAAGGGCCAAUUGGCGCUGCUGGGCCUGUGUCGUGUCUUCGACUUCCUGCAGAUCGCUUCGCUGCAGGCUUAUAUGUUCUACCAGCUCAAGUCAUUCGAUCCGAACCUAUCCGACUCAGACGUUGCGACGCAAGCCGGUAUCCUGCAGGGCGCAUUCACUGCUGCCCAGUUUGCGACAGCUAUUCCGUGGGGUCGGGUUGCGGAUGCUGAGUGGGGUGGUCGCAAGUUCGUCCUGCUUGUCGGUCUUUGUGGUACUGCUUUGUCAUGCUUGGGUGUUGCGUACUCGACGUCAUUUGCGCAGGCUGUGUUUUGGCGCUCGUUUGGCGGUGCGAUCAACGGAACAGUCGGUAUUAUUCGGACUAUGAUUGCGGAGAACGUCAAGGAAAAGAAGUACCAUUCGCGCGCUUUCUUGAUUCUGCCUAUUGGCUUCAAUGUGGCCUCUUUGUUUGGUCCUGUCAUGGGUGGUAUGUUGGCUGAUCCCGUUAAGAGCUACCCUCGCCUCUUCGGUCCGAAUUCCUCAUUUGGCGGCGAGAAUGGAGUGCAGUGGCUCGAGACAUACCCUUAUGCGCUGCCUAUGUUUGCAAACUUUUGCUUCCUUUCUCUCACUGCCGUCUUGGUUGCGUACGGAUUGGAAGAGACUCUCGCAUCAUGCAAAGGAAAGCCUGGCUUGGGUACUUACGCUAUUAAGCUGUUCUCGCGCAGCGUCAAGAGUGUGGUGCCGUCUUCCUCGCCUUUGUACACUAGACUUCCCUUCCGCGAUUACGAAGAAGACGGACCCUUGCUCGGCAGACCUUUGGACCGCGCGGAAAGCUACGAACUCGAAGAGAAGGCGCACAAGCCUGUGCGCCUCCAACGAGUCUUGCCUUUCCGCAGAAUUUGGACUAAGAAUGUCCUGUGCACACUUGGAGCGCAGGCAUUCUUCGAUUUCCAAAUGGGAGCCUUCAACAACCUCUGGCUGCUCUUCCUUUCUACUCCACGAUACGAUGCCAAUGACCCAGCAAGCCCAGCCCAAAGCCUGCCCUUCGCUUUCACCGGUGGACUUGGCAUGUUGCCCCAAAGCGUCGGCUUUGCAACUGCUAUCCUCGGUGUGAUCGGCAUGUUCCUUCAAUUCACAAUCUACCCAUCCAUCAACGGUCGCCUUGGUACAGCCAAGAGCUAUCAAUACUUCCUCUCUCUUUUCCCAGUUGCAUACUUCAUUGCUCCCUACAUCUCGCUCGCUCCAUCUACUAUCCCUCCACCAGGACAGGCGAACGGCCCAUGGGUCUGGUUCUGGAUCAUCAUCGUGCUGUUCUUCCAAGUGACCGCACGAACCUUCACCCUCCCAACCUCCAUCAUCCUACUGAACAACUGCUCGCCCCAUCCAUCGGUCCUCGGAACAAUCCACGGCAUCGGCCAAUCCGUCUCAUCUGCCUUCCGCACCAUCGGCCCUAUCUUCUCAGGCGCGUGGUAUGGAUACGGACUUGACAUCGGCAUGGUCGGCUUUGCCUGGUGGAUGAUCGCCCUGGUAUCCGUGUUUGGAUGCCUUGCGGCUAUCUUCGUUUACGAAGGCUCUGGGCAUGAGAUCCUCCUUCCCGGCGAGGAAGACGAGGUCGAACUUGCCCAUUAG